UAGGCUGCCACUUAUGAAACCCCUAAAUGACAUCACAGUCGGCUGGGAAAGAGGAAGGAGUCACACGACAGAUUGGAAUAAAAAGACAUGACAACCUGUCUACAAGAUUCAGUUAUAAGAAAACGACGGACAAGUUACUGGGUAGAUGCAAACAAGGCAGGAUGAAACGCAGACAGAAACAUCUGCACUGCUUUGAUGCAGGAGACGCACCACUGAAGGAAAAGAAAAAGCUUAAUGGACAGACUUCUGUACCAAUAAACACACAAUCUAACAGUCAGAGUGUUAAUGGGAAGGAAAGCCUAGAAGAAAUCAAACAUACUGGUGCUAUUACAUAUAAUGCAAUGAUCCAGAACAAAGAUCGGCGUCAGUCACUGACCACAACACAACGAAGGACGGAUUUAACACAAGCAACCUGUUCACCUGACAUGAAGCCACAAAGCUGCUUUGAAGAGUUUACACCUAUCAUCACUGCUGAUGAGUCUGAUGAUGAAGCUUACCUGUUCCAGUGCUCCAGUGCAGGCCUGUACCAGUGCAGUGUGACCGGCCUGGUGUUUGUCAUGAAGGCAGAAGGAGACGUGGUUUACAGGACUGUCCCUUGGAACAGGAGGCUGCUGGCCCAACACCACAAGAAGCCUGCAGGACCCCUGUUUGACAUCAAAUGUCAGCAGCAGUCUGUGUGUCAGCUUUGUCUCCCACACUGUGAGCUCAUCUCCACAGGUGGAGGUCAGUUCUUGAAGGUCGCUCAUGUGGAUAACCUUGAAGAUAUCGAGUUUAUCACCCCUCAUCAGAUAACAGAAACUCAUGUUGUUAUAAACAUCACAGGGUUUUCUGGUUACGGUAAUGUCAGGGAUGAAAACUCUCCCGCUGAACCAGUCCAAGCGAUGGUUCUGCUCUUCUACAAACCUCCAGAAGAACUUAAUCUCAGAUCCUUCCUCAACGUAUUGUUGUUGCCAAGGAACAUCGUGAUCCAUGAUGUUAAAAACCAGAGAAGGGAAUUAGUUGGUGAAGAGAUGUACAUAGAUGUACCCUCAAAAUGUAUUCUGUAUCCAAAGCAGGUUUACACUCUGUCCACUGUUCCUGACGAUGACCUGAUUAUAGUUCAACCAAAUGAGGCAGAGUUUAAUGAGGAGUAUCCUAACUACUCCAUCACAACCUUCCAGGUGAUUUUAAAAACAAUCAUUACAGAUAUUAACCUGAGUGUGACACACAAGGGUAGCUCCAGCUGUAUCUGGGAAAGAGAGGUUUGUCUUUUGCCCAACAGAGUUAGAUCCAUGACUGCUUCUCCAAAAAAGAGGCUUUUAAAUGUAAGGAGCUCAUUCAUUGAUAGGAUAUCAGGACCUGUUCUCAGCAGUCUGAUCGACAAACUCCUGGAGAAAGGGUUGAUGGUUGAUGGUGACAGGGAGGAAGCAGACGCAAUGCAAAGCAGGAGCGAUAGAGCUCGUUUUGUUAUCGACACUGUGAGAAGGAAAGGUGAAGCUGCCAGUUCACAGAUGAUUGAGUUUCUGCGUGAGCUUGACGCCUUCCUCCACAGAAAUCUUUUUUUGAUUUGACGCAUCUGGCAAAUUUUGUUAUGUUUGCCUAGAUCUGAUUGAGUCUUUCAGGCUUCAGCUACAACAUCAAUAACCACGAGUGAUCCAGUGUCGCCCAUGCAUCAUUGUGUUGGAGGUUGAUUUUAGUUUAAUUUGUCCAAAUAGGACUAAUGCAGCUUUUUUUGAUCUUUAAGCAAAGUUUAAUCCUGACCUUUAUCUUCAGACUGAAAUCUGGUUUGUACCUUGUGGUGAAUCCUCUUGGGGUUUUUUGUUUCUUUGUUUUGUGUUUUUGUUUGUUUAUGAUACGUACACAUAGACCACCCAGAUAGCAAGGAAACAUUAAAACAAUGUUGAGUCAAUAUCAGGCUGUGUCACUGAAUCAACGUUGAGGUGUCACGUUGACCUAACGUCACUCUUGCACCCUUUUUUAACGUUGAAACAACGUCAGGUUUUGAUGUUGAAUCAAUGUUGAAACCUGACAUUGAUUCAAUGUUAUAUUUUCUAAUACUGUUGACAUUGGAACAAUGUCAGAUUCUGAUAUUGAAACACUGUUGAGCUAUGGUGUUGAUUUUCCACCUCUUUCGCACAGUUGCUUUUUAUUAAAACAGUUAAAUCAUGACUGGAAAUCUACCUUUCUUUAAAGGUAUUUUAACCAAUACUAAACUACUGCAUGUUUCCAUCAAUACUUCAACCACCUAAACACAUAAUUGUACUUAUUCCUCAAAUUGGACACCCUUUAUAAAAACAACAACAAAUGUCUCACAAUGUAUCAUGUCAAUAUUAAUAUCCUAAAAUAAGAAAGCAUUGCAUGUGAUGUAACAGAGAAAAAAAACUAAACAA